AUGGAUCCAAGGGAUGCUAGGAUUUUCAAAAACGCUUUUUCGGAGAUUUUCCGACUAAAGAGUCUUUUGCCUUCGCGAAAGUCGUAUUGUUCAAGGAAUGAGUUACUUCUAAAGUUGCAGGAGCAUUAUGGAACGGUCAUAUUUUUCGACCCAUUGCUUUCAUUAGAGCGCAAAUUUGAAGUUGAACUUUGGAAUACUGUUUUCAAGGGACCGUUAAAUACCUGCAUUGAAGAACUGCGAAAGAGUUCCAACUAUUCGAAUGUGUACGAGUAUCAGCAACGCUUGGUCUCUCUGAUCGACCGUGCAUUCGGCUUUUAUUCUACUUUGAUGCAUAAGUUGCUGGACCGCCUACCAGACUCUGCAUGGACUAAAAACAUUACUGAAACCGCAUUUACUGUCAACGCACCGACCUCUGGCAGAGUUUGUUGGGGAGGCGGCCGGUUUGACUUGGAUGCCGUAACUCUUCAGACACAGCUCACUCGUUUCAGCCGCAAGGAGAAAGCCGCUCUACUCGAUGCAACUAAAUUUGUUACCGCAAUUGAGGACAGUCAGCAACGACCCAUAAUCCUGCCGCGUGGCGAAAGACUCCCCGAUUCUGGAGUCUUCUCCGCCGAACCGCUUUCUGUUAGAAAAGAGGCCACUUCGCCUUUGAAAAUCAGUCUCUCUGAAGCUGUGGUGUACCUGGUUCAGCACUGUUGCAUCCAUCUGGGAGAUUUGGCAAGGUAUCAGCACCAACACAAAAUUGCAGUCUCCUACUAUGUCUCGGCUUGGUUAAUAGAUCCAACCUGUGGGCAUGCCUACAAUCAACUAGGUGUUAUUGAGGCUACUAAGACCAAUCCACGAAUGGAUAGUUUAUGCUAUUUUUACGUCCGUGCGAUCGCAUGCUCGUUUCCAUUUUUGUUUUCGAGGAGGAAUCUAAAGUCGAUCAUGGAUACCAUAUUUGAUUCCACUAAAAAUGACUCUUUAAGCCUUUUAAAGAGCUCAUCGAUACAAGCAGAUUUAUGCGAAUUCUUACUGUUCCCACUUCCAGUCUUCCUUAGAUUUCACUCCAUGGCAUCAAAUAAUUCAGACAUUUGGGCUAUUGUAAGUGCUGCAAAGGAGUUUUCGUUGGCUACAAGCACUUUAGCAUCGAUGAUUGAUGGUACUGCAGCUCCAGUUGAUUUGCCGAAGCCUUUGGACGAACUCUCAGGCGAUUUUGCAGAAAUAGGAUCUAUAACAGUUUUGCCUGAGAAUCUGCAAAAAUUGCAAGUGAGACUUUUAAACACGAUUGUCAUUCAUUCCUUUGGUUUACAAACCAACUGGUCUAAAGAAAACGAGCCGACUUUGCGACAGUGCCUCCUGUACACGACAGUGUCUCUGAUCAACUGGUUUUGCGCUGUUGUGAUGGCAGUUCGCAAUAAAUGCUCAGUGAUCAAGAAUGACCUUCCAAUUAUGCCAGUUCUACUUGCUGUCUUGGCUCUAAAGGCUCAGUGCUCUUGUAAAAAAACAGAAAGUGGUAAAUUAUCUGACUCGGAGAUUCUUGAGUUUGCUCCGCCCCUGAGUAAAUCAACGAUUGAUUUCCUGAACUCUUUGGUGGGCACCAUCUCCUCAGAUCAUGCCCCAGUUGAGGAUCUAUCCAAAGUCGACCUGCCGGAACUUUUCGCCCUUCAGGGCUUUCUUCCCAUGGGCAUUCCAGCCUUCAAAAAUUCGUACCAAUCAGGUCCUUACGUUGAUCUCAUGCCGCAUUCUUUUUUUGAUGGGGAUCCCGAUGUACAAGCGGCUUAUUUUCGCAACCGAGUCUCCCUUAUUGUCGAUGCUCUCAGAUCCGUGGCUGGAGAAUUGCCUAGCCUACUGAAGUGGUCCGGUGCGAAACAGGCGUUUGCAAGUGUUGAUCGUAUUUCACCGAGUCUCCCACAGCUAUCACAGCCAGAGAUUGUUGAGGUUGCAUCAGAAAUGAAGGAAUUUGAGACCCCUGAGCCGGAAAUCUCGCUUGAACGGUCAAAGGAUACUCAAAACAAAGGGGUGGAAACUGGUUCUAGGGAUCUGCUAGAGGAUAUCGCCGAAUCCCCUUUGAAGGAAGUAGGCGUUGGUGCACCAAGAGAGCAUGCAACCAACGAUUCCUUCACAUCUCCGAAUCCAUCUUCACUACCAAUGCCAUUGAGUUCAACCUGCGAACCGCGUAGAAUGAAUGAUAUCAACACUUCGGAGUUAGCUCGUUUUAUCCAAGAGCAGGCCAGUCAGGUUGCGGCUCGUCAAAGAAAACAUCUUGAGGAAGCAGCGAGGGUGGAUACUACAGCCAAUCAUAGCUACCCCACUUUGAGAUCCAAUUUCCAGAGGGAUCUUCCUCCUCGAUUUUCACGAAUUCACGAGGCGGAAGCAAUAGGAUCAAACCUUAUCUUGUUUUCCAAAACUUGGGAUCGUAUUCCUAAUCGAAAUUUCCAGACAGUCCCCAGUGGCACUGCAGUGCCAACUGUCUUUGAGCCUAGCCAUCUUCCUACCUCCCUAAAGAUGGGACUGCUGUCGUCACAGCGGUGGCGUUUUCCCUCCUCUCCCCAUUUUACCAGUCCUGAAAACUGGCCUCCUCACUUUGCGCAGCCACCACCGCCGCCGCCCCCAUAUCUCCCCGCAUCAGUUCAGCGACCUCAAAUGUUUAAUUGGAACGUUCAGGACAAUUCUUACUAUUUGCCUCAAAAUGUCGAUACGGGAAACUUUGUCGAAGCCAGCAUUUACUUGAACAAAGAAUGCGUUAAUUCAAAUGCUUCGAUACUUCGAAACUUGGUUGCAGGCUGGAUGUGUGGCGUAAUCUCGCGUAUAGAAUGUUGGCAGUGA